GAGAAAAAGAGGAGGAAAGAUUUAGAGUGAGAAAGAGAGAGAGAGAGAGACAGAGAGAAGUAAAAAUAGUGAAAGCUGAAGAGCAGAAAUGGCAAUGUAAGCUGAGAAAGUGUGCAGUGGUAGAAGAAGUAAUGCUAGAAAGGGUUGCAGACUGCAUGCUUUUAUCUGCUCAGGUGUGUCUGGGGGUCAGGCAGGUCUGAGAUACUGAACACACAGGGUCUCUACAGCUGAUAGUGGAUCUUGUGAGCACUUCAGUGUGAUUAUUUAGCUCCUAUGAUCCAUGCAGCCUCUAUAGGCUGGACAGACAUUCAUCUACUCUCCUGAUCCACACACAGCCUGCAGUCAUGGAGAAGCAACUAGAAGAGCUGAAGCAGCAGCUAGAAAAACAAUGUAUGAUUAACCAGGAGCUGCAGAGGCAAAACAAAGACCUGGAACAAAGACUGCAGGAGAAAGAAAAACUUUUGCAGAAUCUGGACAGUCAAUAUCAUAAUCUGGAGUUUCCCUCUCAGAGCGGUAAUGAGAUUGAACCGGAGGUCAGGACGAGCCGUGCGGCUGUCAUUGCCUCAGAACCGCUCCCUGAGACCCUGGAGAUUACACGCAUGAGGGUCAAGAAGACUGUCAGCGAGACAAACCUGAUCAUCAAAGCCAUCCAGAAGAAUGACUUCCUGAGCCGCCUCGACGAUGAGCAAACAGCCAUGAUGGUGGACCUCUUAGCGGUAUUUAACUUCAAACCGGGAGAUGACAUCAUUAAAGAGGGCUCUGAAGGAGACAGCAUGUACAUAGUAGCAGCUGGUGAGCUCCUCGUCACCCAGGCGGGCCGGAACCUCCGCAGCCUAACCACUGGUGAUGUGUUUGGGGAACUGGCUAUUUUGUACGACUGCAAACGGACAGCAACAGUCAAAGCAAAGACAGCAGUGCGUCUGUGGAGCAUGGAGCGACAGACCUACAGGACGAUCAUAACCAACAAGUCCAAGAAGAAACGGGAGCAGCUCAUGGGCUUCUUGAAGACGUCUCAUACUCUAAAGGACCUGAAUGAUGUCCAGUUGUCCAAAAUCCUUGACUCUAUGGAGGAGGUGAAGUACCAGGAUAAAGAUGUUAUAGUUCGAGAAGGAACAGAAGCGAACACAUUCUACAUCAUCCUCAAAGGAGAGGUCCUGGUGACUAAGAACGUGAAUGGGCAUCAGAAGCAGAUCCGUAGAAUGGGAAAAGGGGAGCAUUUCGGGGAACAGGCCCUCAUACGGGAAGUGUUGAGAACUGCCACCUGCAGUGCUGACGGGCCUGUUACCUGCUUCUCCAUUGACAAGGAGGUAUUUGAAGAGACAAUUCCUAUAGAACACCUGGAGCUGUUUGACGACUCCAAAGUGCUGCAGGAGGUACAAGUUCCAGAAAGGCCGAGUCCCAGCUCCACUCUGAGGUUUAAGGACCUGGUCCCUGUGCCAUACCAGGAGGGUCGCUAUCAAGGAGAUCCCGUCACGCUUGGAGUUGGAGGGUUUGGUCGUGUUGCGCUGAUGACCACAGUGAAUCAUGGGACAUAUUACGCCAUGAAACGAGUCAGCAAGAAGCUCAUUGUUGCCAAGAGACAGGAGGAGCACAUGUUGUUUGAGAAAAAGAUCCUCAAAGCCACCCAGUGUGACUUCAUCGUCAGGCUUCAUGCUGCUUUUAAGGACAAACGAUACAUCUACAUGGUCAUGGAGUUCUGUGCUGGAGGAGAGAUCUGGACCAAACUAAAAGAAGUAGGGCGUUUUGACGAGCCCAUGGCUGUGUUCUGCACUGCCUGUGUGGUGGAGGCCUACGCCUACCUCCAUAAGAAGAACAUCAUGUACAGAGACCUGAAGCCUGAGAACCUGAUGCUGAACAUAAAGGGCUACGUUAAACUGGUGGACUUUGGUUUUGCAAAGGAGUUGGUGCGUGGUGAGAAAACCUACUCAUUUGUGGGUACUCCUGAGUACAUGCCCCCAGAGAUCAUCAAGAACCAGGGACAUGACUUUGCAGUUGACUUUUGGUCCCUCGGCAUCCUGAUCUAUGAGCUAUUGGUGGGAAGCCCUCCAUUUUCAAGUUCAGAGCCUCAGAAGAUUUAUGCCAAGAUUUUGGACGGGGUGCUUAAGUAUCCACCUUACAUGAGCGAGUCAGCCAAGUCCAUUAUCAGCAAAUUAUGCAGACCUCGGCCAGGUCAGAGGUUAGGAAACACCAAGAAUGGAAUCAAAGAUGUCCGGCAUCACAGGUGGUUCAGCAGUAUGAACUGGCACAAGCUGCGAGUAGGUCAGCUUGACGCCCCCACAGUCCGGCUCAUACGCAAGGGCCCCUGCUACAUCAACUUUGAUCGUUUCCCUCUGGAUCAGACUAAAGCAGAGGAGGAGUUCUCUGGUUGGGACCGUGACUUCUGAUAUUUGACUCCUGAUAUUAAAGGUUCAAAGGCCUCAAGUGUUCAGGAUAACCUCAGUUUAAAAGAAAACAUGAUGGUAGUAUCAUAUUGAAAUAAACAUAACCCAUUUCCUACUAAUUGGAUUAUUAAAUUAGUGUGGAACAGCAGGGAAUCACCUCUUCCAAAGUAUUUAUUGAAGCUUCUAUUGAACCAUCUAGGUGGCAAAGAGCCAGACAUAUGAGGAGGUGUUGAGACAGCACAGGACAUUCUGUUUCCAAAUUCUGUGCAGGGAGAUUUGGUGCCUGAUGAAGUAGUGUGAAUAACAUCAUGCAUAUGACACUCUUCACUGAUUAGAAUAAAACACCUGUCCAUGUGCUUGCUAGCUGAGAAAAAAAGAAAUCGCUUAAGUGCUUUUGUACAAUCUGUACAAACGGUAAACAAUAAAAUUGAUACUGAUGUCAUAUCUGUAUUGUACUCCAUAGUUUAUUGUUCUUUUUGAUCUGUGUUAGUUUGAGUGAUGACACAUGCUUAACGGCUUUUAGCAAAGCUUGUAAAUGCUUUAGUAUUGUUAAAGUUGGUUUUUUUUAUUGUUAACUGUCACUUUCUUGAGGAGUUUCUCCUAUGUUUUUGGAUAAUCUGACCCUUUUUGUGGAUUAUUUUGUGGAUUAUUUCAUGCACCUUGAUUGGAUCUUAAAAAGAUCAUAGAAGCAUUUCUAUGUUACUCAAGUUUACUAAAUAAAAGUGCUCUUAUUUGA